ACCGAAAGAAAAACACACAGAGAUAUGGGCCGCUCACGACGUUCUGCUCCCGCACGCCGGCCGGCGCCACGAAGGGAAGGUGUCAGCGUCUAGUAUGGUUUUUUCUGGAGGGAUGCGAAUUAUUUUCUUUGUACGAUGCACACCAACUCUUAUUUCGCGUUGAUGGCCAGGUGAGCAAUGUGCCGCCGUGCCGUUAUACCCCGCAGUCAACUCGAUGCCACCAUCUGUAGAUAAUGCGCCAUGGCCACGUCCGGGCUUCCCUUCAAAGCCCACCCUUGCAUUCGCCUCGACAGGGUGAUUGGUUGCUCCGGAGCUGGACAAGAAACUUCCCGCCUCUUUUCCCAUGCAGUUGCAUGUGUUGGACGUGCGCGUUGGACCUGUGCCCUCUCAUUUUUGAAGAGAGGCAUGAUGUGUAAGCAUCGAUCUAGAAGGAUUACACGCGUCCAGCAGGGUGGAUAACCGCGAAUUGAACCACAUGGGCGGGGACGAGAUUGACGACCUGCAACGGAAUAUUACGGCCCUCAUGGACCGAAUGUGCGCCGCCGGCUCGCGCCCCG